AUAAACCACAAUCUGCAAGCAAGCACGCAAAGCAAAGAUGUCUGAACAGGUUAAGCUCAUCGGCACAUUGGGGAGCCCAUUCGUCCACCGGGCCGCUGCCGCCCUGCGGCUCAAAGGGGUGCCCUACGAGCUUGUUCUGGAAGAUCUACAGAGCAAGAGCGAGCUGCUGCUGAAGCACAACCCCAUCCACCAGAAGGUGCCCGUGCUUCUUCAUGGCAGCCGGGCCAUCUGCGAGUCCCUCCUCAUCAUGGAGUACGUCGACGAGGCCUUCGAUGGACCGCCCCUCCUGCCGGCCGAUCCAUAUGACCGUGCCAUGGCCCGUUUUUGGGCUCAGUUCCUGGAACAGAAGUGCGCGAGGCCGUUCUGGCUGGCCAUGUGGCUGGAUGCCAGCGAGGAGCAGAAGGGGUUUGUGAAGGAGAUGAAGGAGAACCUGGCGCUGCUGGAAGGGCAGCUCCAAGGGAAGAGGUUCUUCAGCGGCGACUCCAUUGGCUACCUCGACGUCGCCGCCUGCGGGCCGGCUCACUGGAUCUAUGCGUUCGAGGAGGUGACCGGGGUGAGCUUGAUGGGCGAGAACGAGUUCCCUGCUCUGCGCCGCUGGGCAAAGGAGUAUACCGCGAAUGAAACCGUGAAGGAGUGCCUACCGACGAGGGAGCAGCUCGUUGCCCUCUUUACCGCGAAGAAGGACAUAUACAAGAUGAUAGCCAAUGCGAUGCUCCAUCAGUAGUAGCAACUCGAUCGGUGCAAUGCAGUGUGCCAGUAUAAUUGUGCAUGUUGUGUGCUAGAAUAAAGUUUGUGGAAUGGUGAUUCCAUAAUCUACUGGGAUGUAUUCUUAUGUGUGUGUGUGACAUCAAAAAUUAUGAGUGCUUAAUAUUGGUGCUAUAUACUGUA